ACAAUGCGUAUGUACGCGAAUUUAUCACGGUGAAGAAAGACCGAAGGCAUCUGCAGCUGUAGCCUGCAGCCCAACAAAGCAGUUUUAUUUGAUACAGUAUUUGAUACGUUUCUUGUACGAAUUACACAACACAUUCGAAGCUCCUCUUUUGCUGCAGUUCGGAGAAAUUUGGAUUUCGCUCGAACGCGAUACGCGCGAGAAAGAGAGAGAGAGUCUCCGACAAACGAUUCUAACCAAGUAUUAAUUCUAACCAAAGCGAAUCUCCAUCGUGACUCACGAUGUGUCAUUGCUAAUUGUUUUCGUAUCUCGCGUUCCGGGAUGUGCCGUAACAGCACCAGGUAAUGUCCCAAAUCUGUGGCCGAUCAUUAAUCUCGAGUACAAGCGAUAAUAGCGGAAUAUGGCGGUGCAAAUGUGGAAGUACGUUUUGGCAGUUGUCAUCGUAAAUUCAGUGACCUCCGAGAGAAUAAAGGAUAUGAUAUACAUGCCUUUGGAGGGUGUAGCGGCGUGUUUCAGAAGACACAAUGGCACACAUCAGUUCGGCUGUUCGUCUAGCAGAUCGGGAAGCGUAGGCGUGGUACACUUGGUCGAGGUGGACGAUGACAUCGCUUGGAUAGAAAAGGAGGCCAACGCCGGCCCGUACACCGUGGUCCUGCCGUUCGCGAUGUUCAACAUGAGCACGCUCGUAAGGCUCAGAAAUACGAACAACAUAAACGGAGUGCUGCUGACGAAAAAUGUCGACCACAAACGCCCAUCGGACUAUUCGCCCGAAGACCAGUGUCCCAAUCGAUACGCCGGUUACAAGAGAUGUGACGACGUGCACCCGUGGAAUCCCUUUGGCACUGCGUUACUCAUGGAAGAUUGGCCGUUUCCUAUGUUUUACACAGAGAAUCAAACGAUCUUGGAGGCCAUAAAAUCGUGCUUCUGGACGCACAACGCGCACGAUCUCCAGCUGCAGUAUCGGCGGUCCCUUUGCGCGAUAGAGAUGAAGUCGUUCAUGUACGCCGCCGUUAACUCGGAAUCCUGCAUAAAGCGUACGGAGUUCAUGUUGAAUUUCAAUCCGACGCAGUUCUGCGACCCGCUCGGGGAUAGAAACAUACACUGGCCCCUGGCGCCUCUCGACGAGGACAACAAUACGGUGAUAAUGGUAACGGCGCGGUUGGACGCGUCGUCGUUAUUCGAUGGCAUAUCGCCCGGUGCGGGUAACGCCGUGACUGGACUGGUCACGUUGCUCGCCACUGCGUAUUACCUGAAUUCCUUAAAUGCCACCGUCGACAAGACGAACGUCGUAUUCUCUCUGCUGAAUGGAGAGUCGUUCGAUUACAUAGGAUCUAGCCGUAUGGUGUACGACAUGAAGCAGAACAAUUUUAACGCCCUCGGUGGGGUCACCUUGAAAUUCGACGAUAUCCAGAGUGUGAUCGAAUUCGGCCAGUUGGGCCAGGGAGAGAUAUUUCUUCACACCAACGGCGAGGACGACAUGAUAAAGCGUCUGCGGGACGCGUUGAAUGCGUCGGUUAAAGACGGUAGCGUCCCACCUACGUCCGUGCAGAGUUUCCUGGAGGCGAAACCGAAUCUAACGACGGUCGUCAUAAGCAACCACGGGAAACAGUUUGAGAACCGAUACUACAACGGUAUCUUGGACGACGCGGAGAGUCUCGGUUUUGAUAAAAACGAUACUAGCGCGCUUGCAUCAGACUUAGCGAAAAUUGCUCUUCAGGUUGCUAAUGAGCUUUACCAAGCGGUGACGGGCGAGGCGCCGCCGCCGCAACCCGCCGCCGAACUGCCGAUACCCAUGGAGACGCUUGUCGCGGACAUGCUACAUUGCUAUUUGGAGAGCGCCAAGUGCCCUCUGUUUCGCGCGGCCUCGGCGCCUAGCGCUAAACUGAUCGAUCAGGUAUUGCCGUUGUACGUCGGGGUGCACAGAGCGCUUAACAUCGCGACGACUUUGACGGGUCAGCUCUUAGCCUACCUGACCGGCGAAAAGCUCUACGAGAUGAACGAAUCAACGUGCCACGAGAACAGGCUCGCCUGGAUGGGCGGCCAGAACUUUACGGGCUUGUGCAUCAAUUCAACCGUCAAUUACAGUACAGCCGUGAGCCCUGCGUUUAUUAUCGAGGAUUACGACAUGAAAUCGGGCGUCUACUCGACUUGGACGGAGUCCAUAUGGCAAACGUUAAGCGUUAGAAUGUUUCUCAAACCGGCAGCGGCGACGGAACGCUUUAGUCUGAUUCUGGGUAGCCUGGUCGCCGGUUUCUCGUUUAUUUUAGUGUGGUUUAUCAAUAGUCGAGCUGACGUGCUAUUUAAUUCGAGGAGAACUGUUGAUUGCUAGGGAUACGCUGCGGACCACAUAUCAAUGACCAGGUUAGAUAACCAUCGAGAAAAUCGAGAUGUUCCAGUAACUAGCCUUUAACCGUAUGUGUGGUACGCCCUCGGACGAUUUUUUUACAACUCCCGAAAACUAUUCGGAUGUGUCACGUUAUCAUCUUUAUAAAUGGUCUUAUUUAUCAUCAUCGCUUCCAUCCGUAGUGUUCAAUUGAAAAAAAAAUCACGGAUGCAUCUUUGAUACUCAAUGUAAAACGGCAAAGUGAAUCCAUCUAACUUUUCUUCAUUUUUUUUUUCUCUAUGAUAUCUCUAUUAUAAAUUAUUUAUGAAGUUAUAUAUACGAGAAGAGACGAUAGACGAAAUGAAACAGGGAGCUCGACAAGUUUAAUUCUGCUUCGUAUUGUGUACCCGUGUGUAUAAAAGGAAUGAAUGUGUAUGUGUGUACAAGAUAGUCGCACUGACAUAAGAUUUUUUAAAUAAAAAAAUUACGUAAAAGGACGCUAGAGCGUAGUUGCUUUCAACAGCGAUAAAAAUUUGUUAUUCAUGUAAUGUUAAAAAAAAAAAAAUCGAAAUACGGAUUAUAGAUCGAUAGAUGGAAAA